AUGGCGAUUGAAGUUGGUUCGAUGGUAUCACAGGAAGGGCCCCUGAGGAGGCCUCUCACAAAGCAAGCUUUGAGAGCCGAGAUUAAUCCCGUUCAGGGCGGCAAUUUGAAAACAACGAGCGAGGUGUCUGUUGACGGAAGCGACAGGGGUUCAAAGUCUAAGAGCUCCCAGCUUGCGUCGAAACUUUCACCGUGUGCCAAAUAUUAUGACUGUGGGUCGGCAAGGAGCAAUAGACCGUUUCGACAGCCAUACUAUCGGGCUGGUGGAGCAUCUAGAACGAACAUCGAACUGCCUUUAGGAGACUGCAAUGGAUCCAUGGAUGAAUCUUCGAUAUUCUGCAAAAAUGAGUCUUUUGUUGUUCUGGUUGGGCCAAUGAGAAGGCUGCGACAUGAUAAUAAUUGA